CUUCAAUUAUCACAACACCCCUUUAAUUUAUCAGUAGCCGUUCUUUCUUUCUUAAAAAUCAAUGUGCAACUAAAUAAUCUUAUGAGUCAUAAUCCAUGUAAUACAUAUUAACCUGGCACAUACAUAAACAAUUUAUUUUGAAAUGUGUUGAAUUUAUUUUAAAAUUGUAAUAUUUAGAAAAUUUGCUACAAAUUUGUCCUUAAUUUAGUAAAAGAAAUCAGUUACACUGAAUUGGUGUAGAUUCAUCGAUCCAUUGUAAAAUUGGCAAUGAUGAGAAGAUUGUUAUCAUCGACCAUAGCUGCUUCCCCCACCAUCAGCUUGAUUUGCCGCUCAUCCCAUAUACACCGUUCUUCUGCUAUUUUCUGUCGCCAGAUGAGUAGUACUGCUGAAGAUGUUGCAAUGAGACUUAAAAGUUCGGGACUGUUACGAAGUCAAGGUCUAAUUGCUGGGAAAUGGAUUGAAGCUUAUGAUAAGAAGGUUAUAGAGGUAACCAAUCCUGCUACUGGUAAUGUCGUAUCAACAGUUCCGUGUAUGGGUGCAAAGGAGACAAAUGAUGCAAUUUCUGCAGCUUAUGAAACAUUCAGCACAUGGAGCAAAACUACAGCAGCUGAAAGGAGCAAAUGCCUUCGGAAAUGGUAUGAUUUACUGAUUGCCCACAAGGAGGAACUUGGACAACUUAUUACGUUAGAGCAAGGGAAACCUUUAAAGGAAGCAAUUGGAGAGGUUGCUUAUGGGGCUUCCUUUGUUGAAUACUUCUCUGAGGAGGCAAAACGGAUGUAUGGUGAUAUCAUUCCUGCUCCAUUAUCUGAUCGGCGGUUGCUUGUUCUGAAACAGCCAGUUGGUGUUGUUGGAGUCAUUACUCCUUGGAAUUUCCCGCUGGCAAUGAUUACCAGAAAGGUUGGCCCUGCUCUUGCAAGUGGUUGUACUGUAGUGAUUAAACCAUCGGAACUUACCCCAUUGACAGCUCUGGCUACAGCUGAGCUUUCAAUCCAAGCUGGAAUUCCUCCGGGUGUAGUGAAUGUAGUCAUGGGGAAUGCUUCAGAAAUAGGGAAUUCUUUACUUGCCAGUACGCAGGUGAGAAAAAUUACUUUCACAGGUUCUACUGCUGUGGGAAAGAAAUUAAUGGCUGGUGCUGCCAAUACUGUUAAAAGGGUGUCCCUGGAACUUGGUGGCAAUGCACCUUGCAUAGUAUUUGAUGAUGCGGACUUGGAUGUGGCAGUGAAAGGAUCUCUUGCGUCCAAGUUCCGUAAUAGUGGACAAACAUGUGUUUGUGUGAAUAGAAUCCUGGUUCAAGAAGGUAUAUAUGAAAAAUUUGCAAGCGCUUUUUCAAAAGCUGUCGAGAAACUUCAAGUUGGGGAUGGUUUUGUUGAUGGUGUUGUCCAGGGACCCCUUAUUAAUGAAGCUGCUGUUCAGAAGGUUGAGUCCUUUGUUGAAGAUGCAAUCUCAAAGGGUGCAAAAAUAUUGCUUGGUGGUAGAAGACAUAAUCUUGGAAUGACUUUCUAUGAACCUACCGUCAUGACAGAUGUCAAGAGUGAUAUGCUACUCUCGAGAGAAGAGAUUUUUGGGCCUGUUGCUCCACUUCUUCCCUUCAAAACGGAGGAAGAAGCUAUCCGUAUGGCAAAUGAUACUAAUGCAGGACUAGCAGCAUAUAUAUUCACAUCAAAUGUUCAACGUUCGUGGCGUGUCAGUGAGGUUCUUGAAUAUGGGAUUGUUGGUGUCAAUGAAGGAUUGGUUUCCACAGAGGUGGCUCCAUUCGGAGGAUUCAAGGAGUCUGGUAUUGGGCGAGAGGGUUCAAAAUACGGCAUGGAUGAAUACGUUGAAGUUAAAUACGUUUGCUUGGGGAAUAUGAACGGUUAAUAAAACCCAAAACAUAUGCUGGAAUGAUUGGCUGUAGAAACACACUCUUGUAUUCGGGAUCAAUCAGCGUUUCAGUUGAGUUCAUGGCUUCUCGUGCUAACAUUUUUGGUUGGCGUUUGAAUUUUACACAUGCAAACAUGCUAUUUAGUUUCUAGUUAUGUAAAAUAAUGAGGAUCAGGUUAAUAAGGAGGAACUAUUAUGCAUUUUAAUGUUCUAUUUUCAAUCUGGCAUCCUAAACUAGGAAGAAUGUGGACUUUUUUUUAGGACUUUCUUUUUUUUUUUUUUUGUUUAGAACUCUCUUCAUUGCCUACCUAAUAUUUCAAUAAAGUGAUUUGAUUAUCAAGCA